CAACACGAGGAAUUUGUGAACGACAGUGCCCUCUGCUGACGAACUCCACUUUGUACAGGCUUUAGAAAGCAGACGUGUCCCACAGUGGGUCCAGCUUGCACGGCUACAGUGAGGCUGACAGCACCGGUAGCAGCAUGGAAGAAAAACCUGACGUGGAGAUGGCAGAAAAUCCUUUUGAGCCAUACAUUGAGCCCCUUCGUCGGCAGCUGGAGAACCAAGAACCGGUUUUUCUGAUCGGCGUCAUUGUGGCACUGGCGGUGGUUAUCAGCUCCUGUGUUUUCCUGAAGUACUUCCUCAGCAGUAAAACUGUUAGAAGUGCUGUGCUCCUGGUCGGACUCUGUGACUCUGGAAAAACUCUGCUCUUCUGCCGGCUGCUGUCAGGAAAGUUCAAACGAACGCAGACCUCCAUCACUGACAGCAGCGCCCCCUACAAGGCCAAAAGUGACAGGGGCAGCACCUGGACUCUCAUAGAUCUGCCUGGACAUGAAAGUCUUCGCUCACAGUACCUGGAGAAGUUCAAGUCUACUGCCAGAGCCAUCGUGUUUGUAGUGGACAGCGCCAUCUUCCAGAAGGAAGUGAGAGACGUGGCGGAGUUCCUGUACGACCUGCUGACAGACAUUGUAAUUUCCAGAAAUGCUCCGGCUAUUAUUGUGGCAUGCAACAAACAAGAUAUCACUAUGGCAAAAUCGGCAAAACUGAUUCAACAGCAGCUGGAAAAAGAACUAAACACUUUGCGGGUGACACGCUCGGCAGCCCUCAGCUCUCAGGACGGCUCCAUCGGUGGCAGCAUGUAUCUGGGCAAGAAAGGCAAGGACUUUGAGUUUGGCCAGCUGUCCAUGAAGGUGGAGUUUGUGGAGUGCAGUGCCCGUGGUAGCAAGAGUGAAGACGGGGAUGCAGAGCUGGAGCGUCUGGAGAAAUGUCUGGCUAAACUGUAAAAUGAUUGAUCCGAAGAACAACCCACGGACACGCACACACCAACUGGGCUCAGAGUAAAGGGAGACUCCAGUCAUUGCUGUGGACCAUGUUUGUCUGGAGACAUCAUGGUCCUGUCUGUGCUGAAUCACAAUGUAUGAACAUAAUGUUUGAGGAGAUAAAAAAAGAAAACACCAAAAAGACUGUGAAAACCACUCACUGCCUGCAGAGCUGGGAAAUGAUCAUGUGCUUCUUCAGUUUAGACCCUACUGUGAACAAACACAUGGCUCAUUGUUGGAGUUCACUCUUGGACAGUUGAUAAUCUUUAGGUUUUUGUGUCUGUUUUAAAAGUCUGAGCUCAUCUGAUCUUCAAUGUUCAGCUCUGUGCCUUUCCCUGAUAUUUCUUUAGAUGAGUGUCCUACUUUUUGUGCAAAGAUAGAUUUGCUUGUGUGAGAAUUGUGCGCAGCUACACCGCAUUGGCAAUGACCGUAUGCAUCAUAUGUAUUGUAAUAAUGAAAGACUGAAGAUUCAACCUUGUCUGACUCCAUUUUAAGACAUUUGGUUUGUAUGUUUUUGAUGCUCAACAUUCAUAGCAACAACAAA